UCACAUUUGUCACAGAGGAGAUGAGAGGUGGGUGAGAGGAGGAGACGGGUGAGGGAAGAUGGAAGGGAAGGAAUUAAAGAAUGAAAGGGAUGGAGGAAAAAGAGGAAAAGAUGGGUGAAGAGAGAUUAAUUAAAUAAAUUGGAGAAGAAGAAAAAAUAUUGAGGUAAAGAUAAAAAGAAAGCAUCCCACAACGGGCAACUUAGUUUAGCAUUCAACACGUGUAGCGAGAAAGUGAUGAGGAGAGAGAGCGAGAGAUAGAGGGAGGGAGGGAGGAAGGUAGAGAGACGUUGCUAGGUGACAGAGCGUACAUACUGAAUUUUAACAAAAUAACGGAAGAGGAGAGAGUGAGUGAGCGGGAUAGAGAGGCAGCAGGCAGCAACAUGUAGCCUCGCCGAGUGGAGCAAAAGGUCCAAACUGUGCGUGCGUGCGUGAUUAUCUGGCUGUUUUUUGUGGGGGGGUGACACGUUUCAUCCCGAGGACAUUAUCCCGCAACAUUCGAAUUGAGCAGGCUCUAUGCCGCAGGGAAUGUCCAGCGGAGGGAUGGACGGAUGGAUUGUGGUGCACGGAGAGAAAACGCGGAGAGCAGAAAGAGAAGAAGGAGAAGAAGAAGAAGAGUGUCGGGCUCCUGAGAACAGGUCUCCUCUCCUCAUCAGGUGAAGCACUGUGAGCCGCCGACCCUCCCCCUCACCUCCCCUCCUCUCCUCCCUCCCUCCCGCCCCAAAGACGUCCCCCACUACCCCAAAAUCCCACCUGGUCUCACCUGCCAAACCCCAUCCGACAGCUGCCACUGGCCCUCCCCUUACCCCAUGGUGGCCCCAAGGCCCGCCCUCUCACUGCUGUUGGCUGUCCUGGCCUGCACGGGGCCCGUGCGCCCCUCGCCCCCCCUACUGCUGCUGACCCGGGAGAGAGAGAGGGACUCGGGUGGGGUCAACAUCGCUGUGGUCCACUCGGGCUCCUCCCUGCUCCCGGAGACGGCGAGGAGGACGGGAGGCGCGGGGGUUGGCGAGCCGGGGCCGGGGCCGGGGCCGGGGCAGGGGCCUGGUCUGGGAAACGGUCCAGGAGGAGGAGGAGGAAGAGGAGUAACCGAUACAGUUUCAAUGGAAGGAGUAGUUGCGAUGACCUCAUUCUCCUCCUCCAUCUCAUCAUCCCUGUCGCUGGCGGCGCUCGUGGGGGAGACGGUGAUGACGCCGUCGGGUCAGGCCAACGUCAUCUACCUGGCUGUGAACGAGAGCAGCCCGGGCAGCCUGCUGCUGCAGCUGUGUGAGCUGCUGGCCACCACACCACUGCAGGGUUUGGUGUUUGAGGAGGAGAGACCGCCGCCGCCGAACCGCGCCCCUCUGGCCCCCAUGCUGGAGUUUGUCUCCGCCCAGACGGGAGUUCCUGUGGCUGCCGUAGGGGGAGGGGCCAGCCUGGGACGAGAGCCACAGGAAACCGGCUCCAUCUACCUCCAGUUCACCUGCUCCACCUCGCUCCAGCUCGGGGUCAUCUUCGAGGUGCUUGAAGAAUACGAUUGGACCUCCUUCUCCGUUGUGACCACCCGUCACCAUGGCUACGAGGACUUCCUGGCCAUGGUGGAGGGUAUGACGGACGGUUCUUUCAUUGGCUGGGAAAAGAAGAGUGUGGUGAUUCUUAACGUGACAGAUGACCCUGGCGGGGCCCGAACCAAACGGCUGCUCAAAGACAACGAGGCCCAGGUCCGUCUGCUGUACUGCUCCCUGGAGGAGGCUGCGCUGGUGUUUAAGGCAGCCUUGGCGGCGGGUCAGGCCGGGCCCAGUCACAUGUGGUUCGCCGUGGGACCGGCCCUGUCCGGUUUGGGCCUGGAGGGGCUGCCCAAGGCCUUGUUCGCCAUCCGGCCGCAGGGCUGGAGGGACGAGGCACGAAGGCGCAUCGCCAAAGGCGUCUCUGUGCUCACCCACGGGGCGAUGGCUCUGCGGCGGGACCAGGGGACCAACAGCCGGUCGCAGUACGCCGGCAACUGCCAGAGUGACGGCAACCAGACCCACCGAGUGCCAGACAGAAUCAGGUACUUCACCAACAUAUCCAUCGGUGGGCGGGAUUAUUCCUUCAACAGUGACGGCUACCUGUCCAACCCCCUGCUUGAUGUCAUCUCCUACACCAAUGGGAGAGGCUGGGAGGAGGUUGGCUGGUGGGAGAACGGCCACCUGCGUCUGCGUUACCAUCCCUGGUCUCGCUACGGCUCCUUCCUGAAGCCUCUGGAUGACUCCCAGCACCUCCGAGUGGUUACCUUGGAGGAGAGGCCCUUUGUCAUCGUGGAGCCGGCUGACCCGGGUACCAGCUCCUGUAUCCGUGACUCUGUACCCUGUCGGAUGCCCGUCAACACAAGCUUGGUGGUGGAUGGCACCGGGCCCAUGAAGCAUUGCUGCAAAGGGUUCUGCAUCGACGUCCUCAAGCGACUGGCAAAAAUUGUGGGUUUCACCUAUGACCUUUACCUGGUGACCAACGGGAGGCACGGGAAGAACAUUGAUGGGGAGUGGAACGGCAUGGUCGGAGAGGUGGUAUCCAACAGAGCCGACAUGGCCAUCGGUUCUCUCACCAUUAACGAAGAGAGGUCAGAGGUCGUGGAGUUCUCCGUUCCGUUCGUGGAGACCGGCAUCAGCGUCAUGGUUUCUCGCAGCAAUGGCACCGUGUCGCCUUCUGCUUUCCUUGAGCCCUACAGCCCGGCGGUUUGGGUGAUGAUGUUUGUGAUGUGCCUGUCGGUGGUGGCUGUCACCGUCUUCAUCUUUGAGUUCUUCAGCCCCGUGGGAUACAACCGCAGCCUGCAGAGCGCCAAGAAGUCCGGUGGAUCUAAGUUCACCAUAGGGAAGUCUGUCUGGCUGCUGUGGGCGCUGGUCUUCAACAACUCUGUGCCUGUGGAGAAUCCCAGAGGAACCACCAGCAAGAUCAUGGUGCUGGUGUGGGCCUUCUUCGCUGUCAUCUUCCUGGCCUCCUACACUGCCAACCUGGCUGCCUUCAUGAUCCAGGAGGAGUACAUCGACACGGUGUCAGGGCUGUCGGAUAAGAAGUUCCAGCAGCCGACGGAGCAGUACCCGCCGCUGCGUUUCGGAACGGUGCCAAAUGGCAGCACAGAGGAGAACAUCCGCUCCAACUAUCCCAACAUGCACCAGUACAUGAUCCGCAACAACCAGAAGGGGGUGGAGGAGGCCCUUGAAAACCUCAAAACUGGGAAACUGGAUGCCUUCAUUUAUGACGCCGCGGUGCUGAACUAUAUGGCCAGAAAGGACGAGGGCUGCAAGGUGAUGACCAUCGGCUCUGGGAAGGUGUUUGCCACUACGGGCUAUGGCAUCGCCCUGCACAAGAACUCCCGCUGGAAACGGCCACUGGACCUGGCUCUGCUGCAGCUGGUUGGAGACGAUGAGAUUGAUAUGUUGGAGCGUCUCUGGCUGUCGGGUAUCUGCCACAAUGAUAAGAUCGAGGUGAUGAGCAGUAAGCUGGACAUAGACAACAUGGCAGGGGUCUUCUACAUGCUGCUGGUGGCCAUGGGCCUCAGCCUCCUGGUAUUUGCCUGGGAGCAUCUGGUGUACUGGAAACUGCGGCACUGUGUGAAGCGAUCUGGUGGGAUGGACUUCCUCCUGGCUCUCAGUAGGGGGAUGUACAGUUGCUGCCAGUUUGAGGAUGAGACAGCACCAGGAAGUAGCUCUUUGCCCCAAUACCACACCAUGGCCACCAUGCCUACAGCAGCCCAACAGCACCUUGUUACAGCCACAAUAAAUAACACAACUGCCAUUGCCAUGGUGCAGCAGCAACAGCAGCAGAAGCACCACCAACAGCAGCAGCAGGGGCCGACUUAUACCACCAUGCUACCCGGAUCGCCACCAACUACAGGACACUCAGCAAUGGCUCUGGGACCCUCAAACAGCCCCUUGCUGGAAGGCCCCAUGCCCUGCUCCACCUUCUUGCCUCGCCAUGACCGCAGACUUGCUGUGGUCGAUCGCUGGAACAGGCCAAAGCCAGAGAAGGUCUUGAGCGGAGGAAGUGGUGGAGGAGUGGGCGUUGGGGGGAUAGCAGGAGGGAUCACUGAACUUCAGGCUCCGCAGUUUCAGCCGAAUCUUGGACAGCACUGGAGCCUGCAAGGUGGAGUUGCAGGUGGUGCAGGGGGUGGAGGUGAUACAGGGCUAGAUGAAUAUAAGCGCUACUAUGGUCCUAUAGAUCCAGAGGGGCUGGGAGUUAACUCUGAACAACAGGCAGGGGGCCCCCAGCAGACUCCCAAAUCUAAUCCUAGAGGCCCCAAAGCCUCAGGGAUGCCACGGCUGCCUCUUAAAGGCCCCCAACAAGGCCCAGGGCACUUAAUCGCCAAGCCACCUCCACUGAUCCCAUCUUCCCCACGGAGGCCUCCUUUCUGGCGACGAGGAAGCCUAGCUCAGGCAAGGAGGAAAAGCUCAGGAGGUCCCCUGUAUGAGAAUAUACUCCCUCUGGGGAGGCGAGGAGGUGGGAGGUAUGGAGCCAGCGAUGGAGGUGGAAGGAGAGGGCGACGUCCUCCUCCAGCUCCUCCACUGCCUGUUCCCCUCUCCUCCCCAACACACACUCCUACCACUCCCUCUUCCCCCUGCCGUUUCUAUUCCUCCUGCUCCAGUGCCUCGUCCUCUUCCUCUUCCUCUACAUCGUCCUCCUCCUCUUCUUCAUCCUCUGUCUCGCUGUCUCGGUCAAAUUCCCCCUCCUCUUGCUCCAGUGACAGCUCCUGCAACACCUCGUUGAGUUUCCGGUAUCGAGCAGGCGACCGGGAGCUUACGGUUGAUGAUUAUGACUCAGAUCUACUUACAGAGGAGUCCAGCCUCCUCCUGGGGUCACGGAGGAAGAUUCGUUCGCGUCGCAUGUCAUCGCGCUCGCUGCCGUGCAGCCCGCCACCUCCACCAAUCCCACCCCGAAAGCCACGCCUUCAGAAAGAUUAUGGCAGAGAGAGAACAAGCAGCCAGCUGGCCCAAUUACAGGAGUGGUGGGCUUCGUGGGGAGACAGAGAGCAAGGGAGGGGAUUAACAACAAGCCGGGGAGAAGGCGGAGUGGGUAGAGAGGAGAAGAGACAUCAUAAAGAGAGGGAGCGUGAGAGGAAGAGGAGGAAGAAGGGCAGAAAGAAGAAGAAAAGGGAGGAGAGGGAGAGAGAAAGGGAGCGAAAGCGGCGCAAAGCAAAGAAGAGGAAGAAAGAGGAUAAGAUAAGGAAGAGAGAGCGGAAGAGGUCAGAGCAGGAGGGAGGAGAAGGUGAAAAAAGAGAGGAACUCAAAUCAGGGACACCAGAUUACCCAUCAUACCCACCCCUGAGGCGAGAGUCUUUUCGGAAGAAGAGUGAAAGCUCAAUCCGAAGCUAUGGAUGGAACAUCCCAGGCGAAGAGGAGAGGAAGGAAAGAGAAGAGAAAGAAAGGGAUGAUGGGGAAGACAGCAGAGGGAAAGAAAGACAAAACAGGAGAAGGAACAGCAAGCACUAUCAUAGCUCUAGCAGUAAGCCUUCAACAUCGGUCAAGUUCUGGCGAGGGGUAGACCCAUCCUCUGACACUAUUCCAUCUGCCUUUCUGCCCUUGUUGCCUGUCUCCUCUAAAAGGAGGAAGAGUAAAAGUUCAGACAGGGAUGCUGUAGGAAUGGAAGGAGAGAGGAGGCCAUUGCUGGGACGGGAUGGAAGAGGUGAGAUGCAGUCCAAGGAGGGAUUAUCCUUCCAUGACUGGGAGUCCGAAGUAGAGGGUGAGGAAGGAGAUUCUGAGCUGGAGAGGAGGAAAGCUGAGCGUGGAAAGAGGCGUGGAGGAAGAAGGACAAUGUCAGACGAAGAGCGGGAACGUGAUAAGGUUAUCGGGAUAUAUUCUGAUGAUGAUGGUUCUUCAGGAGAGUUUGGGAAGUUUGAGAGGUAUUGGGAGGACCAUGAAGGCAGGGCAGUAGGAGGCAUUGGCGGGGGAGGUUGGUUUUUCAGCACCUACCCCUCCAGGGAUAAAGCCGGCAGCAUCAACAGUAGAGAUGACCUGUUCUUGGAGCGAGGAGAGAGGUGGGGGACAGCAGAAAGUGGAUGGGGGUCUAGUGGAGGUGGAGGUGGAGGUGGUGGCGGUGGAGGAGAUGCAGGAGAAAGAGGGUGGGGAUCAGGAUCACACUGGCCCCAGCCUCCGCUCACGCCACCACCUCCUCGACGAUACUGGUCAGUCGACAAACUCCACAUACAGGAUGAGAAGAAGAGUAAACGCAAGUCAAAGGAAAAGGGAAGGGGGCGCACAGCUUGUUCCUCCUGUCAGUCCCCCCGACACCAUCCGCACUCCCAUUCCUCGAAAUGGGCUCGUGUGACCUCGCGAAGCCAGGAAGAGCUGUACCACCAGAGUUUUGGUGGUCCCCUGAAGCCCAAACAUGACUCCUCAUCCUCCUCCAAACCUGAUCGCUCACAGAAUCCAUCCAAAUCUGGCAGCCAGUCAAACCUCAGUAUCCAGCAGCGAACACAGAGAACAGAUAGGGAUCGAGAUCGAGGACGGCAAUCAUCCCCACCUUCGAGCCUCAUUCCAAACUUGCCACCCCCACUCCCUGCCCUUCCAGCUCCUCCGUCCUCAUCUCACCCUAUCCACGUUCCUCCCCCUAACUCUUCCUCUUCUGUAUCCUCUCCCUCUGUGGUCUCAUCCACCCCGGGGGCACCCCAGCCCUCCUCCAUGGCUUCGGCAAGUGCCAAACUACAGUACCAGAGGUUGCGCUCUGUACCCCAGCCCCAGAGGUUUUCUCAGUCUCCUCACUUACCCCUCAAAGCCAAGAGCCUUUGCUCGCGAAGGGGCUCAGCCCAUUUCUCCAGUGUGGAGAGCGAGGUCUGAAGUUCAACAAGGUAUCAAAAGUCAUAAGAGAGCCCUGCGAGGCUGAGGCUAAGCAGGUGAUCUGGAUCUGCCCGGCAGGAAACAUGGCUGUGCAGCAAAGUCAGUACAGUAUACGCACUGAGCCCUUUCCUAAAGUUCUGCACAAACAAACAUACCAGAAAGCCAAACAAACCCUAUUGGGUAGGUCAGAGGAGAACAGAAGCAAUCUUGUGCUUACUGUUUCCUUCCAUCCCUCUCAGUAUGUGAAAGACUACAACCACAGCAACAACUGAACUGGGUUAUUAACCAAUACACUAAAAGCAAAAUCAGACAUUAAAACUGGUACAAUUGAAGGAGACUCCUUUGCUAUAGACAGUAAAGGGCUUUGGAUGUUGAAGCAGAGCAGUAGUUUGUAUUCAGAGGAUUCUUAAUGCUUACUGAGGGCUCAGGAACUUUGUAGUACUGUAUGCCUGCUGCUCUCAGAAGGCUUUAACACAGAACAGUGUUCUUAUAUUUUUCCCUUAAACAAAUCGCUUACCCCAACUCUCCUUAAAAAACUGUUUACACCCCCGCAGAACUGUGACACCCUCCCUGAGGCACCUUUGUUGUGUAUGAUAAAUACCUUCUUGUUGAGAGGGAGAGGAGGGUGAUAACCACCUUGUCUUCUCUAUGUUAUCCAUGUACCCUCUCCUGUUCUCUUCUCUUUUGUUCUACCCUAUCUCUUCCCCUUUUUUUCUCUCCUCUCACUCCUUAUUUCCCCGUUCUUUCCUUUUUCUCUGCUUUAACUCCUUUCCAACCUUAUUCAAGUGUCUGUCUCCUCAUUUCCCUUGUCAUCUCCUCUCCUGUCCUCCCCUCUUGGCUCCUCUCCUUGAUGUGAUUAUUCUGUGUGUCUGUGCUUUUCUGUGUUUGUAUUCUUGACAACAGGGUAAGUCAACUGUGACUGAUAUUCUACUGGCUUAAUGAAAAGCUGAGUGCCAAACUUAAGUAGAGCUCGACAUCAAUCUGUACAACCUUAGCUGCUAUGUUUACUUUUAUCUUGCAGAGUAUUCCAUCAUCUCCCAAAUAUGCGCGCAUGGAAAUACAUACACACACAAACACACACACACACACACACACACAUAAAAGUGCACAUAAACACUUGUAUACAUUCACAUGCAAGGCAUCUAAACAAGUCAAUUAAUCUAUUCUCUUUCUUGAGCAAUACAUUAUCACCCUCUGUUCACGUUACAACUUUAUACUUUGAAGCUUUUACUUUAGUUCUGUGUUGUAUUUGUUGUUGUUAUUGAUUGUGUUCUAUAUAUUAAGACAUGUAUUAAGUCUAAUACAAUGUAAGCACUGUGCCAUACUACUCAAGCUGCACAUGAAACGUUCUCUCAACUACCUAACUACGACAAUGGAGGCAGUGUCUUUUCCCUCCCUGUAUUUGACUGAAUGUAAAGUCAGCCGCCAUCAAGUGUGCUGCAACAACAUUUAAGACACUUGGCAUGGAUGUCGUAGCAUUUAUGAUGGUUAGCGUGUGUGACUAAUUGAAGAGAUAGGGAGAGUUGACUUGACAUAAGCAACGGUAUGCUAAUCUUGAAGGGAAAGGGGUCGUUUGCAUUCCGCAUUUUUUGCACCCUCAAAUCGAUUGUUGUCAAUGUAGACGUGCGGAAGGCAAGCUCAAAAUUGGAACGACGCCGGCACCCAAGCGCCUAUUUUUCAGUGUGCGACGGCUGCACCCUGUGAUAAAAAUGGCUAUGUAAGGAUGUAAAUGUCAUGUGACUAGGAACAACCAAUCACAGCUGGCAAAUAUAUUUUCUUUCCCAGUAAAUAUCAGCCUACAGUAAAUAUAUGGAGGAGAAGUUAAUCAUUUUAGUGCAGGACUACCCAGAGCUUUACCAUCUGUCCCACGGACUAUUUUACGUGCUUCACCCUUUCCGUCCAAGAACGUCACAACAUCCGGUUGAAAGGUCAGCCAGACUGAAUGUGACAAAUGGAGCAGUAAAGCUACUGUGAAGGAUUUACGUUGGAAUCUCAUUUAUCUUUGUUUUGACUUUGUUUAGUUUAUUCAUUGAGGCUAAACACAAAAUGACGGCAACUUCAUCACCAUCGCCAUCGCAGCACGCAGGUUUUGUUUGCUAAGUAACAGCAGGCACGAUAGGAGCACAACCUCCCAAGCACCUUGGAUAAAAGUGCAACAUGUGAACGGCUCCUAAGUUUACAGUUGUUGAUGAAGGAUUAGUUCUGCAAUGGGUUACAGUUUCUGUUUUUCGAUUUGUUUCCUCCAAUUUGUGCCAAUACUAGAAUACAGCAAACUAAAACUAACCAACCCAGGUGUGAGCAGGAUUUGUGUAGUGGAGCUACACAGCUUUAUUAGACAAGGUGAGAGAUUGUUGCAGGGAAAUACAUAUGUAUAGCCUUAUGCUAAUUGCUCCUGCCAUAUGUUUUGUGUAAAGUAUGAAGGCAUGUGCUUUAAUCAACAUGUCUGGGGUUAACCUCAUGCUACCAAGAUGGUAUAAUUGGACAGGGAAGGAUUUGAUUGGUGCAAAAUUAGAUCUAGAGCAAGUGCCGCUUUGAUGUCAAAGAGACUGUGUUUGUGUUGGAUGCCAGGUAGCCGAUGAGACGGUUUUGGAAGAAGUGCUGGAUCUGAGUGAUGGUGUAUGAAAGACACACUAGCACCUCGUGUGUGAUUUUUUUUCUCACCUUGUAAAUGUGUAAUCAAGAGCUAUAGCUUUUUAAUCCACGACCGAGCUGACACCAGCAGUUACACUCUGACGUCAAGCACUUAGGUAGAGUAGCUACGUAUAUCCAUCAACAUUAGAAUUUAGCAUCAGGACACCGGACAUCAGUGGAGUUUUAGAGAAGAGGAAAUAACCGCUGGCCCAACAGUCAACGGCCCGAUGGUUUAACGGUCGGUCAUAGUGCCUGAGCCAUCUUUCCCAUUAUUGUCUGGUCAGCUCUCGUUUGCCUGGAACUGCAUCUGAGCCAUAAUUUACUUCAGCUGAAGAAAACAAAAAGAGAACUUACGUUUUUAACAUUAACUUGUUGUGUAGAGUGUCUGACUUUCUUUAAGAAAAAUUCUAUAUAUAUAUUUAUCAUAUAUAUAUAUAUAUAUAUAUUUGUGGCGGUGCGUAGUGUUAGAUAAAAUUGUUGUUUAGCAUCUUAAUAUUUGGAGAUAUUGUUUCUCAUUUCAAGUCCAUUCCAGUAAUAAAAUAAAUAUGAUGUGUUAAAAACACAUAUUCCCUCAUAUUCACUGACAACAGGGAAAUUCUAGAUUACUUUCUUCAACAAGGAUCGACUGGAUUAAGCCAAGUGUGAGGCAGUUCAGUGCUUUGUUUAGUACAAUCAGCAGCUUAUACAACUUUCAAUGAAAGCAGGGAAAGCGUUUCUGUGCAUUCACACCGCAAGCAAGUCUGUUGUACAAACAAUCUCUGUGACCUCAACAAAUGAUCUUAAUUCUGCCAUUUAAAGGUUGGCUGCAGUCAAACCAUUUGGGCUCAUUUGUCUUGCUUUGCUUUGCUUUGUUGCUGAAACACGACAGCAUCAGUGAGCUAGCAUAAACAGGUAAUUGUACAUCAGUGCAGCUGCUAGCGGUGUGAACACAAAGCUUGGGUGUUUCCUCAGAGAAACAAGCCACCUAUCUUUCCUUCUCUCCCCCUCGCCUCUUUUUCCUCAUGUCUAUCCAUUGUGUUGUUGCGUGUCUGCGAUUGUAAAGCUGGUCUGUUUUUAAAAAAAGAAGAGUAUCUGUGGAUAUAUUUAUUUCAUCUAAAAAAAAUAGAAUAUCUAAAUAUAUAUGAUAGUAUAUUUCAAGGCGCUAAGAUCUAUGUUAUAUAAGUUUGUCUACUAAAUUUUUCGGUAUUAUCUCAAUGAAUAUGUCUGUUUGACUGUCUCUCCUUGUCUCGAACCUCCUGCCCAGCUCCCUACCCCCCAGCGGAAACAGAGACCAGUAUGUAACUGUGUUUUUGCUCACUUAAGACCAACCAUUCGCCUCCAUUAGCUAUCUACUGUAGCUAACGCUAAGAUUUCAACAAAGUGACAACGUGGAGAGGUGCGCGAGUGUCUUAUGACCGUGUCACUGUAGCAGUGGUGGCGUGUGUUUGUCUACCCAGAGGGGCCUUUAUUUUUGGUUUGGGCUACAGAUUAACAACUAAUUAAACCUUUUAUGGAUACAGCAGCUUUUACCACAACUCUUACUUAUGUAGGGGUCACAUUCUCGACCCUGUUUCGGGUUCACAUCGGACCCUUGAGUUUUUACCGCAGUGUAGAGUAAGGUGACCUCUUUGAAACACAAUGUAGCGAGCAGCACAGGCUUUUUUUUGCAUCUCUUAGUGGCUGUAUUACUAUACAAAAACAUGCACAGCUACCCCUGCCAACCAACCUAUACAGUAUAUAUAAGGACUUUGAUAUACGUACAUAGUGUGUUGUAUCUGCCAAGCUGCUGUGCUGUAAAAACAAAAGAAAAAAAAAGAAUUAUACACAACAGACACACUGUUUCUAUCUUAAUUUUACAAAACUGGUAAAGCUAAUAUGACACGUGUCAGGGACAGGGCUAAAUCUGCUCGCUAGGGUGUUUUCCACUGAGGC